UCUGACAAAUGUCCAUAAUUUGAACAUCACUAUCACGUUAUCAAUAGAUUUUUUUCCGUUAAUGAGAAAUAUCUAUUGCUACAAGUUAUUCAAUCAUUAUGACUGAGCUGUUUACACGCAUAAAAAAUUAUGUUCCAAGAUAACCCCACUCCAACAGUUAUUUAUUUUUUGGUAAUAUUUGCUAACAUUGAACGUUGUGCCGUCACCUAUCCACGAUAAACGACGAAACAUAUAUAUGACGAAUUCGGUUUUUCUUGAACAAUUGGAAGUAUUCACAAUAUAGAAAAUGAAAUAUAAAGUGCUGUGCCCUACCCUUGUUAUAUUUGUACUUGUGCAAUACAUUCCAAUAGGUUUGUCUAUCACUUGUUACGAAUGUGAAGAGCGAAUGGGAAAUCAAUGUGAAAAAAACGUGAGAAACGUUCUUACUGAAAAUUGUACGGGAUCUUUUGUGUGUGCCAAAUAUAUUUGGAAAGAAUAUAAUAUCUCUACCAUACAUCGAAGAUGCGCUCCUGAAUCAGUUUGCGAUACUGAAAAAGCUCUACAAUCACGAAACAGAACAUUAACCAUAUGUACCACAUGUAACUCGAAUCUUUGCAAUUCUGGAGAAAUUGUCAAUGUAUCGGCCGUAACCGUUAUCACAUCUUUCCUUACUGCAUUAUACUUUUAUUUGAAUUGUUUCUAAACAAUUUCAUUUGUCAGCUCAAAAUUUGAUUAUAAGAUAAUAGGGUGUUUCGAAAACUAUGAUCCUAUCAACUGAUUGCGGCUUUUAAUCCACAACGAGGUUUUAAUCAGAACUGAACUGAGCGUCGCGUUUAGUUUUUGAUAAAAUUUCAAAUUUAAACUUGAAUCUACAAACAUUUUCAUCUGUUCAGAUUGGUGAAUUAAUUUAUAAUUAAUUUUUCUGUGAUCAUAGACCUCAAUUCAACUAUGCAAGCUAUGUUAAUAAUAAUUAUUAAGCAGUUAUCAGCGAUUUAUUACAGGUUUUUAAGUUCAUAAAACAAAAAUAAACUGCCAGUUGAUCGCAUUUAUCCAAGAUAUACUGGAAUAAAAAAAAUUCUAUCAUAUAGCUAAGAUCCGAUUACUUGAAUUCGAGUUAAACCGAUCAUAGUUUUCGUAAACUUAAUUAUUAGCUGUUGACGUGUUUCUAAUAAAAUUUACGCAUUUCUUCAACACUAUUCAAUAUAAUUUUAUUACCUUUAUCCUCACAGGGACAUAAUGACUUUCUUCUGCUUUUUGUUAAGUUUUCCUAAGUUACCUCUGAUAGAGGUUAUUAAAUGGGCUGAAAAGUUCGUAGGCUGACAACUAGAUAUAGCUACUAGCAAUAAAUCCAUUUGAUCAUCAUUUUACGAGUGUCCUAUAGGGCAAUCCAGAACCAAGACCUUAACGCUAUUGUGACAACUGGGUUUUGCUACUUUUUCAGUGUAAUCGUGCGUUCUGACAUAACUCACGCUUAAUAAUCUCAUUUUGCGACGUUAAUUUAUUAAAACUAUAACGUAUAAAUUGGUUGCACUUCGACUUCAUACUGAAUAAAAAUAUAAACAUGAGCGCACCACAAAGGCGAUGCCUUUCAAAAAAAUGAACAAGAUCGAAGCUCAAGGGACGCGAUGCGUUGCAUCGCGCGACGUUGAGCGGUGUUCUUUUGCAAUGUGAACACCUUCAUUUAAAGCCUAUGCCAGAAAGAUUUUUUAACACCGCUGGAGCGACAUCGAUCGACGCUUACCGCUUGAGCGUUGCCAUCUUGAACGCACUAUAUCCUGGUAAUCCAUAUAUAAACUUCAUUUUAUUAUUGUUAGCAAUAUCUGUUCUUUGCAUGUGAGAAUGAAUUACUAUGUGUGACUCCAGUAAAUCUACUGUAAUUUCAAAAACUGUGUAGUUAUCUAAGCUUGUAUAAUAUUUAGAAAGGAUGUGUUGUAAUAAUAUACUGAUACGAGCUAACUUAGUAAAAGGUUCAAAUAUGUCUUCUGAUCAUAAAUCUGCCUGCACUUCUUGAGUACAUCCACAUGGAAAUUCCCCAGGAACUCUUCUAGUAAAACCUAAAGAUAUUCUUUUAUAAAAAGCUAAUAUUCAAUUGAAUUCUGCCCAAUUAGAGUUGAGACUACGGACAGUAAAGAAAUAGGCUUCAUCAAGCUACUUCCUUAUUAACCUUUGACAAAGACAGAAUUAAUUAUUGUACGAAUAUUCUUACUCAAAAACCUUCAAAUUACAUUGCGAUAAUUUACAUUUUGUACAUUAAAUUUUCUCAUGUUCUAUACCCUUCAUCGUUUUUUUCUCUUUUUUAUCUUUUUUGUUUUACAUGACUAAUCAGGGUUUAAGGCAGAGGUGUCAAACUCAAUUUUGUAGAGGGCCUGUUGUGAACGCACCUCGUAUAUAUGUAUAUUUCUUUCGUGUUAUGAAUCUGUUCGCCGUAUAUACUGAAUUUUGUUACCGUGGCAACAAGCUGUAUUGUGGUUUUUAUUCUUAGACCUUUUUUUUGCUUGUCUAGUCGGUUAACGCUGCGCUGGGCCGAAAGAUAAAUAGAAAAAGAAAUGUAACACUUGCUUUUUGGCCUUCGUAGUGCGUGUGAUUGUUAUUGCGCUACUAUCUUAUAUUUAUAUUUUAUGUAUUUUUGUUGAUGUCAAUUAGCAAGAGUGUAUAAAUGUUUUAGUUUCAAUGUACCAUUUAGUUAAACAGUAAAUACAGUUCACUACUUAUUGGUUUAUG